AUGUUGCUGCUGCUGCUGCUGCUGCUGCUAAUCACAGAGUGUGGAGCGCAACUCAAUGUGUGCGGUCAGCCCCCGCUCACCAGCCGCAUUGUAGGGGGGCAGAAUGCCAUUGAGGGCGAUUGGCCCUGGAUGGUCAGCCUGCACAGGCGCGGGUCUCACUUCUGUGGGGCGUCGCUCAUCAACAAUCAGUGGCUGCUGACGGCCGCGCACUGCUUUGGCAGUUCCAAUGGUCCUGUGACGGCGUAUUUGGGUCGUCUGACCCAGUCGGGUCCCAAUCCUAAUGAGGUUUCCCGAAACGUUGACAUGACCAUCCUCCAUCCCAACUACAACCCGUCAACCUUCGACAACGACGUGGCGCUGUUGCGUCUUGCCUCCCCCGUCACCUUCAACAACUUCAUAAGGCCCGUCUGUCUGGCCGAUACUGCCAGCACCUUCUUCACCGGAACCGACAGCUGGGUCACCGGAUGGGGCCGCAUCACAGAGGGAGGUGCUCUGCCAAAUGAUUUGAUGGAGGUUGAGGUUCCCGUGAUAGGAAACCGCCAAUGCAAUUGCGACUAUAACCCCUCUUCCCAAAUCACCGAGAACAUGAUUUGUGCUGGCCUGAGAAAUGGAGGAAAAGACGCCUGCCAGGGUGAUUCUGGCGGUCCUAUGGUGAGCAGACAAGGAACCGUGUGGGUCCAGAGCGGGGUGGUAAGCUUCGGGGAAGGUUGCGCCCGGCCAGAGCGGCCGGGAGUCUAUGCGCGAGUGUCACAGUACCAGGCCUGGAUUAGCAACGAAUUGGGAAACACCAACUUGCCAGGCUUUGUCACCUUCACGUCCCCGGGCACCGACCCGGACCUGGGACCCGUGACAUGCAACGACCAGUCAGUCACCAGUGGGACCGCGCCGCCGCCGCCGCCAUCGCCGUCGCCGCCCAGUGUUACUGACGAACUGCAAUCAUCUGUGACCUGCGGGAACGCUCCUUUAAAUACGCGCCUGUCAGGCCCUGGGGUGGGGUCGGCUCCAGCGGGUUUUUGGCCCUGGAUGGCCAGUCUGCACUUCAACGGAAGUCACCGAUGCGGUGGCACUCUAGUGGAUCAGGACGUCGUCCUUACCAGCGCGCAGUGUGUAAGCGGGUCCAGCAGUGCGUCCGACUGGACCGUCUUCUUGGGUCGCCUGAGGCAGAUUGGCUCCAACAGUGAAGAGGUAGAAGUGAAUGUGACCAGAAUCAUUACCAGCAGGCAGCCCGGUCAAAACGUGGCGCUUCUGACGCUAGCCUCGCCAGUGCCGCUGUCGAACUUCAUCCAGCCCAUCUGCAUUGAGAGUGUGGUGACCUUCGACACUGGGUCUUCCUGCUGGGCCGCCGGAUGGAGCGCGGAGCGAGGAGGGGAGGAGCAGAUCUUGCAGGAGAUCCAGACAGAGAUUGUGGACUGUGUUAACAUUUCAUCUACCGGCAACAUUUGUACGGAACCUGUAGCACUAGACCAGGGGGAUGUCGGCGGUCCAUUAAUGUGCCAGCAGGAUGGCAUCUGGCAGCAGGCAGGAGUGCUGUGGCUUGACCCUGGCCGGGAGAGUGAAAUGACAACCUUCACCAACCUCACUCGCUUCAAUGGCUUCCUGAGGAAUGAGUUGGGGGACUUCUUGUCGCCAGCAAACUCCAGGUCGGCGCCUGUGCUCUUCCCCGGUUGGGCCCUGGCCUUCGCUGUCCUUGUGGCGCUUUGCCACUGAAUCAUACAGGAAGGGGCGCAAUCCUUGUGUUUCAACAUCAAUGUGAAAAUCUUUUUGUUACCCUCCUAACCCUGUGAGGGUUUUCUCCAGAUACUGUGACAAACAAGCUUUAAAACCAUUCACUGCUAGAUGGGUUGGAUGUCUAUCGCUGUCACUGGCAGGCAAGGGGUUUAAAAAAUAUUUCUUUUCAGAUAAUGUGAAAGUAAAAGGGAGGUAGAAUCAUAUUUUGACAAAACUUGUAUUUAUUUAAACACCAUUAUAAAAAUUACACUUUGAAAAAUGUUAUGCUCUUGUUUGUCAGAAUUAAAAAUGUAUAUUUUUUUUGUGA